AUGUAUGCCACACUGCCUAAUGGAAUCCGAGUCUUCUAUCGCGAAGCCGGCUCUCCAGGCAACCCUACCAUCCUCCUGCUUCACGGAUACCCUUCCUCCUCAUACCAGUAUCAAAAACUCAUCCCCAUCCUGUCCGCAAAAUAUCAUGUUGUGGCCCCUGACCUACCUGGAUUUGGCUUCACUGAGAUCCCUUCGACCUUGGAUUUCAAGUACACCUUCGCCAACUUCGCGAUCACCAUUGGUUCCUUCCUCGACGUCCUGAAGAUCGAGAAGUUUGCUGUUUAUGUCUUUGAUUAUGGUGCCCCGACAGGCUUUCGACUCGCUCUGGAGCGACCACAAGCCAUCACAGCCAUCAUCUCGCAGAAUGGCAACGUCUACGACGAAGGGUUGGCUCCUUUCUGGAACCCUUUGAAACAGCUAUGGGCAUCCGCCGCCGGGUCUGACGAGGACAGACAACUUCGUGAGACGAUAUCCAGGGCGAUUCUCACUUUUGAAGCCACAAAGUGGCAAUAUCUCAAUGGCGAGCCCGAGGCAGAGAGGAUUGAUGAUCCAGCGUCGUAUUACCUCGACUACGCUCUUCUUUCCCGUCCAGGCAACAAGGAGAUCCAACUUGACAUAUUCAGGGACUAUGGUACCAAUGUCGCCUUGUACCCGGAGUUUCAGCAAUACCUGUGCAAUAGUGGUGUUCCCGUGUUGGCCGUUUGGGGAAGGCAUGACGAGAUUUUCCAGGCGCCAGGAGCGGAAGCAUUCAGGAGGGACGUGAAAGACCUCAAGCUUGUGUUGUUGGAUGGUGGACAUUUCUUGGUGCAAAGUCAUACCGCUGAAGUUGGGAAGUUGAUACUCGAGUUCUUUGCCGACAGGGGCAUUUGA